AUCUGACAGUAUUUUGAGGGCAUUCCCAUGAUGCACCUGCGCACUUAGCAUUGUGGGAUUUACUCUACAGCGAGAAAAUUUUUCACUACAUGUCGAUGACACAAACCUCAGGAACAUAGUGUAACUAAAAGAAGAAAACCUUUUUUUCAUCAUUUUUACUUUGUACGUGCUCUUGGUGUGCUGGUUGGAAAUCUAGCAGCAUACUGGACGCAAAGACAGGGAAGGGUGGUGCUUCUCCACACUUAGGAGGACGAAAUUGUUGAAAGUUCAAGCAGUCGAUUUUUACCUAGGAGAGCAUAGAGAUUAAAUGAGAGUUGUGGACGAGAGACCACCCACUCUCUCAGGCCCAGGUGCGCACACACCUGUUGCUAAGAAAAGAUGGAUUCCUCCAAGCAGUGUGAAAAGAGAGGUCCCAGCCCAAGAGGACAAAAAUGAUGUUGUAUUUCGUAGAGUCAGAGGAAUUCUCAACAAACUCGCACCUGAGAAGUUUGAUAAGUUGAGUCUUGAGCUUCUGAAUGUGGGCAUUGACACACAAGUCAUCCUUAAGGGAAUAAUUUUACUGAUUUUUGAAAAAGCAUUAGAUGAACCGAAAUACAGCUCCCUCUAUGCCCAGCUCUGCCACAGACUAUGUGAGGACGCACCCAACUUCGAACCUCCCCAGUCCAACAUCACAACCUUCCGCCGGCUGCUUUUGAACAAGUGCCAAGAUGAGUUUGAGAACAGGUCCCGUGCAACUGAAGUGUUCGACAAGAAGGAUGCGCCACUUUCAACCGAGGAACAUGAACAGUACCAUCUGGCAAAGAAGAAAAUGCUUGGAAACAUCAAAUUCAUUGGCGAGCUCGGGAAGCUUCAGAUGCUGCACGAGGGGAUUCUACACAAGUGCAUCAAACAACUCCUGGAGAAGAAAAGAAACACACCUAUACGGGACAUGGCCGAGGAUCUCGAGUGUCUCUGUCAGAUAAUGCGGACCGUCGGCCCUCGUCUGGACUCACCCAAGGCGAAGGCAUGGAUGGAUCAGUACUUUGAACGAGUCAGGCUUUUUAGCCAGAAUCUCGAGUUGCCGUCUAGGAUUCGUUUCAUGCUUCAAGAUGUGAUAGAACUACGCGAGAAGAAGAGAUGGGUUCCUCGGCGAGUGGCUUUGGACAACGGACCUAAAACAAUCACGCAGAUUCGACAGGAAGCAGUUGAUGAACUUGGUGUAUUUAUUCCUCCGCCAUCUGCUCAGAACCGCGGCCAGGCAUUGAUGGGGGGUCGUGCUAUGAACGGGACAAUGGGGGGAGGAGGAGGAGGCGGAGGUGGAGGGGGUAGCUGGAAGCAAGGAGGCAUGGGGGAUCUCUUCAGCAUGCCACCGCCAGGAACCAUGGGAAAUUUCAACUCUAUUGGGACUGGCCCUGGCGUGAUUCAAGUAGACAACUUUGCAUCCAGUUAUCAGAACAACAUGGGACGGAACAGGAACAACCAACAGAAUCAAGGAUUUAACAACAACUUCAUGAAUCGCCGGCCAGACAGUGGAGGUAACAGUCCGCGUAACCAGCGUCACAAUCAGCAGAACCAGCAGCAGCAGCAGCAGCAGCAGCAACAACAGCAACAGCAGGGGAAUCCAGGCAACAAUCAACAGAGUCAAUACUACAACAAGCAACAGCAACAGCCGCAGGGACAGAAUCAACAAGCUACAGGCAACCGAGACUUGCCUCCAAGAUUCCAGCGCAUGUCGAUCAAUCACAGUCCCCCCUCCACAUCCCCAAUUUCGGGAAAUAACAAGUUGUCAAGGGAGGAAGUCAGUCUUCGCCCAGUCAAGAACUUCACAGUCCUCAAACCUAACACACCGGGCAUGCUUCCCAAGUCAGCCCAAGGCCCAUCAUCCAUGGGGGGAUUCUCCAGCCUCAACUCUGGGGGCAACAAGUCAGGAUCGACGGCACUUAACCCCCUGCUUAGUAAACAGCCUCUGAUAACUAUCAAACAGAACAGUGAAGAUAAGGGCAAAUCUAAGAAGAAGGAAUUUAUCUCUAAGGAAGAACUUCAGAAGACAGUGACAAGCCUUCUUUCUGAUUAUCUCGGAAAUAACAACAAGGCAGAUGUGGCAACACAGAUCAAGGACAUGUCUAUUCCGAAGAAGCUGAUUAGAGAUCUCUUAUCACAACUGCUGGUUGAAUCCGUGGACAAGAGUGAAACUGAGCGAGACCGUGUCAUGGAGCUGAUAUCUGAACUGAAGAAGGAUGGAUUCAUCUCAGCAGAGCAGUUCAUGGAUAGUUUAAGGCGUGUGAUGGACAAGAUGUCCGACUUGGAGGAGGUACCACUGGUUAAAUCGUCCGUCGCCAGGUUCGCUGCAUCGUCCCUGGUGGAGAACAUCGCCAGUUUGGAGGAACUUGCCGAGCCAUUGGAGAAUGGCGUUCAUCAUCCACUGUUUCUGCUUUGUCUACAACAAGUCGUGAAGCUGCGAUCUGAAGACUGGCUUGAGGGUGUCUUCAGUGAGAGCAAAAUCAACUUGCAGGGAAUGCUACCAGAGAUAGACCAAAAGAAGGAAAGAAUGUUGGAGAUCCUGGAGGACCGCAGUCUCAGCUUCCUGUUUCCCCUGCUGAAGAUCCAGUCAGAGCUGUGGAAGCAGAUUCAGGCCGAGCCCACUGCCACGGCCAUCUUCAAGUGGGUCAAGGACAAGGUGGACAACGACAUGCAGAACAACCCCGGGUUCAUCGAUGUGUUGACCACUAGUAUCCUGCGAUUCGUUACUGGAGAGACAACUCUUGGAAAAGCCAUCGAUCCCGCAGCUGUCCCGGACAAAACUCUGAUAGAAAAGGAGAAAGAAGUGCUGUUGAAACUCAAGGCUGUGCUGCAGAUGUUCCUUCACGAGAGGCUGGAGCUGCAGGUCAGCGCCCUCUAUGCCACGCAGGUCUUCUGCCACAACCACCAAUUUCCCAAAGGCAUGCUGCUUCGUUUCUUCGUGUACUACUACGACAUGGAGAUCUUGGAUGAGGAGUCCUUCCUCCGCUGGAAAGAAGAAGUCAAUGACAAAUAUCCAGGCAAGGGGAAAGCACUCUUCCAGGUGAACCAGUGGCUGACAUGGCUAGAACAAGCUGAAGAGGAGAGUGAGGAAGAAGAAGAAGACCAGUAGGCCAGGAAGCCAGUACCUGCCUACCGCUGUAAAAGAUGAGGAAGAAGAAGAGAAGAACACUUACCUGUGACUAUUGGUUUUAAGAUGAAGAAACAUGAAAAUUUGUUUUUAAGAAACUUUAUGAAGAGGAAUGUUUAAGUUGAAAAAAAAACAAGCUUGUGCCAGUUUGCCACUAGAAUACUUGCUGCAUCAGCUGGAGUGGAUCAGUGUGUACCUCACAUGUGUGUUGUGUCAUCAGAAGAUGUGUAUGUGUCAUCAGAAGAUGUGUACCCCACCAGCAUUUGGUGUGUGCAUGUGACGGGUACUCCGAUGCUGUGAUGUGCAUGUUGAUUGGCUGGUCCAAAUUCACCAUGGAAACAAGACCUUCCUGUGUCCAUUCUUUGGAUGGCCUUCCGGCUGACAGAACUGCAUGUUAACUGCUUUUCAGCAUCUUACACCCUAAACCUAGAGGAAGGUUUGUUUUGUACUACCUGAUAUUUUAUAUUAUAGACUUUAUAUAGACCUCAUGUGUAAAAAUGCACAAGAAGAAAGCUAGAUCAUAUCCAAUAGCACUCAUCAAUCAACUCAUGAAAUUAAUUCUCCGAAAUGACAAUUUAUAACAGUUGUCUACUUUCUUCCUGUGGAUAUAAAAAACAAAAAUAAAUGUAUAUGAAUUUUAAUUCCCUAACAAAAAUUAUGAAUUAGAAAUUUUUAACCAGCUUAAAAGUGUAUAGGCCAGACAAUUUGAUUAAGCAAACACAGAUUAUCCAUGCACCUAAUCAAACAUCUUUUGCAAAGUUUUAGCAUUUUUACUUCCUUUGUAUGAUACAACUUGUAACCAAGGUGGAGGGUUGGGUUCAUUAAUGAGCAUGAACCCUGAACUACCAUGCCCAACAGAUAAGUGUCGAUGUACAACAAACUCAUAUACUCAUACUGACACCCAAAUUAUGUAAAAUACUCAAUCUAUUUAAUAAUCACGAUUGUUAGCCCUAAUUCAGUGUAAGGGCCAUCCAGAUUCCCCCCCCCGAGUUUGUUGCACAUAGAUCACCAUCAUACUCUUAGAAUCUGCCAGUGUUUAGUUUGGCUAGAGUUAUCUCCCUAUGGGACAAGAUCUGUGAAUGUCUGAAAUAUUGUGUUAUUUAUUUCAUGUCAAAUGUGUAUACAUUUUUUUAUCAUUAUGAAUGUUUAUUGUAAUUUCAUGGGUAUCGAGUCAUCAUGCCGUUUAAAUUGUACUUAAGGUGUCAUCACACAAAAAAGCAUAUUGGCACUGUUUGUGCAUUGACAUGUUGCUCUUAAAAUCCCAGAUGGUUUUUUACUCUGUACAAGCUAUUCCCCUUGUGAAUCUUUUUGGCAUUUGUAUGUUUCCUCCUUACAAUUAUUUUUUUUUUUUUUUCUUUCUUCGGUGAAGGAAUGCUUCGUAUACAUCUAGUCAUAGGGCAUGUGACUUUUCUGUUCUCAUUUCAAGACCAGGUAUUGGUUGAUAAGGCUCAUUCCCAUAGAUUCAUAUGCAGUCAUUUUUAGUUUGGCAAACACUGCAUUCAAUCUUUAUCAGAUAGCUGCAUUGAAGAGUAAGCGUUGCGAUUUACAUAAAAAUGUUUUUUAAAACAAUUUUAAUAUGUACUACAAACAUUAAAUUCAGUUGAGAUCACUUUAACUUUCUGAUUUUUCUAGAAGCAUAUAAUGUUUUUAUUUUAGUAAGUGCAAUAUUUUCUUUUGGACACAUUUUCGACCACUGUACUAUUGUUUUGAUGCUAUUGUGUGAAAGGUAUCUAAAUUCAGUCUUUCUUCUCAAAAUCUCCCAAAGAAUACACAGGACGAAAACUACCAUUAUUCCUGCAUGAUCUUGUGGAGAUGUUAAAUGUAUUAAAACGGGGCCAGUGCUUUUUGGAGGUUAUACUUAAGGAAUUAAGCCUUAAUCUGUCUGGUGAACCACCUUAUCUUGUUGAAUAGCUGUUUGUGUACAUGCCACAUAUAUGUCUGGUAAUAAACUUAAUAUGAAUAA